GUAACUCUAAUAGAAACAGCUGUUUAAUGUGACGCACUAAUCAGUUGUAUACUGAAUCAAAUUGAAAUGCAAGUAAAGUAAAUAAUAUUCACAUUUAUAAACAUUGAAAAUGUGUGCCGCAUACGCAAGUGGCUCCUGGAUAGAUGCUGUUUUUGAUGAAAUUGCGCUAGAAGGCUUGGACGGCACCACAUUACCAUCUCUGUGGCCGCUGUUGUCUAUAAGACUGUACGGCGGGAAGUCCUUGCCAGAUAAGUUGCAUCAGCAAAUAUGGAUGCUAUUAUUACGGUCGACACAGGAAGUAAGCUUCUUCAUAUUGCCCGAGGCGAGGCCGUUGAUGCCGCUAUAUAAGCGCACCAAUGAUCAGGAUGUGGAAUGCGGAAUGCCUGUAAUUCCAGAGAGCUGUCCAUUUUUGCGCCUGCCUUUCGCUCCCGUACAGGAUGGCAAUAUACGGGGCAACUGCAAGGACUACAAGACCCGCCGCCGCAUAUCUGUGGGCGAAUUGAAGGCAUUGUCCGCUGCAGAAGCCACCGAGAAAUAUCAACAAAAGCUGGUCGUAGUAGCAAACCAGGAGCUGCGCUUGAAAGCGCUGAAGCCAGCAAACAUGCUGCUGCCCCGCGAGCUAACCGUGCAGCAUUAUGUGUUUCUUGAGACUGUGGGACGUUCACGCUAUAAUGGAGAAACCACACGGGGUCCCUGGUCGUUGACCAAUUAUUUCAGUGACCCCAGUUUUAUAUUUUAUUUGAAAAAUGGGUUGCAGAAACAGCAACUGGUUGUCGGACAGGCCUAUACGGAGCGCCUUAAUGGACGCAACUUGAUCUCCAACUUGGUUAUGCUGCCACGUUUCUUUCGAAUCUACAAGACCUACACUCAGAUCACCAUGGAAAAGUUCUACACAGAGAUCAAAGCGAGCCCGCUUGAGUAUAUACCGAGCUGCGAAGUAUUGGAGCGUAUACCGGAUCUAUCCCAUUCAAGGCUUAAGAAGCUGCUCGUCUCGCACACCUUUCGCAAGAUCUUUGAGACGGCGCUCAUCUAUCCGCCAGGUUCAGCGAGCAGCGGCUCAAAACCCCAAUCAAAAGGCAGAAAAAUGUCGAUUGUGCGUCUUCGCAACCCCAACAUGGAGUUUGAUGAUCUCAAUCAGCUGGACCAAACUGAAGACCGAGAGGACAAGGCGCCCGAUGAGUUGCUGAGUCAGCGACAUGCCCAUGUCAAUAUGCCCAUCGAGCUGGAAUGCUUGCGUGCUAUCAAGCACUUCGGUACGCGGGGCAUGAGCACCCUCGAGCUGGGUCAGUAUGUGUCCAUCAAUUUUCAAAUUGCACGAGGUGUUAUCAAAUAUCUGAUACGGAAAAAAAGAAUCAAGAGCUAUACAGAAACAUCCGGCAAAAGUCGUAUUACACGCUUCGUGGCAGUUGGGACUCAAGCCGAGGCGAUUUACAAGGAAAAGGAGGAGCAGCUCGAGAAAUCGUUGAUGCAGGUCCAGUGCCAAGACGAACCGACUAUCCCGCAAAGCGUGGACAUUACGGUCAACGAUGUGCCCAGCAUCAAAGCCAAUGUGCGUGUUAUGGAAUUCUCGCUGAAGUUGUACAAGGGCAGCGAUAAGGAGACGCCACGGCACGUGGCACGCAAGAUAAUAAUCGUGCGGCAAAUCGACAAGAACUGCAUUGUGAACACCAUUGACCUGGCGCGCGCCGUCAUGGAAUCGGAGAAGAACAUUGGCACACACGAGAAAAUAUGUCGAAAGUCGCUGUUUCGACUGCUGGAGCGGAUGCAACGUAUGCGCAUCGUGAAUGUCUACGAGGUGACCUUAGAGUACGAGCAGAACGUGCGUCUUUAUCGCCUGGUCACCCACCCCAAGAUCGAUCUGCAGCACGACCAACUCAAGCGCGAGGUGUUGCGCUUAAAGAACAACUUCCACUUGAUAACCGAGGAGCGGCUAUUGCGGCCUGCCCAGCUGCUGCGGGGCAAGGAGCGGCGCGAGCAGAUGGAGCGCAAAAAACUACGCCUUGAGCGCCAGCCCCAAGACAUGCCGAAGCCAUCGGCACCCAAGCUCCUGGUGGCCUGCGUCCUGCACGAGUUCCUCUUCUACUUGCAGUGCGAGCAGCAGCGCGGUCAGACGCCGUUGCAAAUGAACGAGGAAUUGCUGCAGCAGUGGCAGCGCAGCGAGCCCUCGUUGAUGACGCGCGAAUAUCUGGAGGAGUGGCAAGCCACGGAGUCAGAAGUGUUGCCCUAUACGCAGGAGAUUAGCUGGCGCACUUUUAUCCCGCCCUUGCCUCACUACGAGAAGCCGUCGGGGUGGCUCUACUUCAUGGAUGCUUUGGAGCGCAUGCCACUCUCGCUGAUGCUGCGCAUCUUCCGCAUCGACCGAGAUGUGGUGGAGAAGCUGCGCCCGCAGCUGCAACACCCGGUGCGACAGCACUAUCUGCUCCAGCAGCUGCAGCUGCAGAACUUGAUCCCGCGAUUCACGCUGCAGCAGCGUUACGUGGGCAUGCUCCGUCUGCUAAACAACAUGGGCCUGCUGCAGGUCAGCGAGCGGCAGGCGGGCCGCGACUCGCUGCAACGCUGGGUGUAUCUAAACAAGCGUACCUGCCUGCUGGACACCACCACGAGCAGUGGGCACAAUUACAAUAAGAUUAAUCCGGACCUCACCUACGAGCGCCUCACUUACGAGUUCACCAGUCGCGAGCAGGUGGCCGACUAUUGGGCGAAGCUGCAGCACGUGUGCAUCUACACUAAGCUGGGGUUCCUCAAGCACAGGGAGCGCAAGGUGGCUGGCAGAAAGGAGAAGCGCCUGCCCACGCUCAGCUUUGUGCGCACGACCGACUUUGACGAGGCAGAGAAGCUGGAUGAUGGCAGCGUGCCAGGGGAUCAGCAGGGUGCUGCGGGCCUCAGCUCCUCGCUCUUCGCGCACCAGUUUCGUCACUGGUCGUGGGUGAAGCGCAACUCGGUGCCAGCGCCACGCUCCACUGCAACGAGUGCCCGGAAGGCAACAAUAUCGUUUCCCGCGCGCAAGCGCCUCAGCUUGGUUCGGUUGAAGCCAGUGCCACGAUUUGGUAAGACACGCGGUGCGAGCUCUGCGGAGACGCGCAAGCGCAAGACCGGACCACGCGACGACAUCGAUCGGGACGCGUUACGCAACAUGCGCACCUUGCGCGUCACGUGGUGUCCUGCCGAGGACCGCAUUCUCAAGAUGGGGCGAGCUGUCUAUUUGUUCAUUGACGCACCGUUGCCCGCCCUGGCUCUGUACAGCGUGGGCAUCAUUUGCCGGGACGUGAUUCGCAGAUAUCUGAAUAUUAAUAACAAGACAACGCAGGCCUGUGUGCGACGGCUGCAGUUCCUCAUCCGCAUGAAGCGCGACCAGCCGGAUGUGCGCAACUGGAUCUAUAUGAUGCAAUCCCACCCGGAGUUCAAUGCCAUCUACAAUGAACGCUUUCUUCCGCAGCUCAAGCUGGAAUAUCCUACGCGCAGCGAACAAGCCGAAGCGCUGCUCAUACACUUUGUGAUCAUACUGGAGAGGCUGCAUCGCUUGAUCAUUAACGAGGACUGCGUCUAUCGGCAGUUCCUGCUGCCCGACAGCCUCGAGGACUACCGCAGCCGGUUUAGGGAGUGUGUUGGCUCGAAUGGGGAACAGGACUUGCUGCUCUAUGCCAAUCCCAAAACGGAGACUGAUCUUCAAAUAACUGUUGUCUUCGGCGUACAGCACAGCCUCCUGUGCUGCUCGAAGGAUAAGACGCUGUUCAAUCUGCAAGCCUUUGAGAUCUACAAACACUAUUCUGAGGACGUCUUGAAUGCUGCUUUCAACAAGGCGCGUGCAGAUUCCCUUCUGGUGGCCGUCAAGCGUCGUCAUAUCCAGCAUGUGCAUCGCCACAUCUCUGGCCCUGGGCAUUUGCUUAGCUCCAAGUACAAGUACAGACUAGUGUGCCAGAAGUACGGAUACCUGGUCUACGAAGCCUAUUACGCAUUCGAGCGUCGUUUUCAUGAAUCUCCUGGCUUGACCAGCCUGGAUUUGCCCUCGCCCAACUUCGCGCAGCUGCUGCUCCUGGGCGAAUGGGUGGCAAAUAAUUGGUUGAGCUUGACUCUGCAGCUGCCCGUGAAUAUACUCAAUGUGGAUACGACCAGCAUGCCAGUCAAGACGGCUGGGUCCGCGUCCGAUCGCAUCUUGGACCACUAUAGCAGCAUAUUUGACAAUGCACCGCAAACGGAGUACUCCAAGCGGCUGGAGAGUGUUUGCAGUGGUCGCCCGGCCUCUCGUGUUCGCUUCCACCCCGCAAACCUUACGUAUCGUCUACAGAGCAGCAUCUAUAAUCAGCUCAAUAAGCUACCCAUGCGAAGCAUGCACUUCUUCUGCGCGCUCGAUGCACUGGGGCAAUCCGUGAACAUUAGCUGUGCGCGACUGGAGCACGGGGAAUGCCCCUUCAGCUGCAUAAUGCACAGUGGAAACUAUCUAAAUGCCGUGGAGCGCAUCAUCUACGAGCAUCGCGCCAUAUUGCGUCAAUUGGUGGCCGAUGCACUGCCUCAAGUGGCGCUGCAGUUACAGCUGGAUAGCUCCACAUCUAGCAGCACCACUUUGACCGUCUCCACAGGGAAUCUCAUAGCACUCGUGGAGCAAUUAGAGCAGCACUGGCGCCAGCUGCAGCAGCCGCAGGAAGUCAAAGAUCUGGGCAAGCGUUUAGCUGACUCCACGCUACACAAAAAAACAGAUUGGCAUUCGCUCUGCAGUGCACUGCUCACCUAUGAGGCCGGCAAGGAGGACAGCGGAGAGCGUGCGCAAGAUUACGAGCCAUCUCUAAACAAAGAGGAGCGUGCACGCGCACAGGACGUCUUUGUUGUGCACCUGCCCACGAUCCACAUGCAAGAACUGGAGCAUCCGCAACUGCAGGCUAGACAAGAUGAACUGCGCAAAGCUGUACUCGACAAGGUGAUCAAAGCCUCCUUCUGGCGAUAUACCGACAACAGCUUCGAAACGCUGCUGCCCACGCUGGAAGGGCUCAACUAUGAGGCGCAGGCCAUUCAGCAGGUGAGGGACAUCUUGGAGCACAUACAGGAACAUCCAUUGGGCGUUGAGGGCGUAUCAUUACGUCGCAGCUUUCCCUUGGGCGAAUUUCUGCUUGAAGCGCUGCAACAGCUGGAGGCGCAUGAUCUGAUCAAGCGCGUGGGAGUUGCCAGCUAUAUGUACGUGCAUAAGGCACACAUGCGCAAUUGGGUGGUGCACACGUUCCACAUAAAGCGGCUGGAACGGGAGCGUGUCCAGAAUUGGGUGUCUGCUUCGCCGGCAACAUUGCCCGGGGUGAUGGGACAGAAGAGGAAGAUGGUGGAUCAGAGCUUGGAUUUGCAGGCAAGUUGUAGCAAGAAGGCUAGACUGGAUGAGGAGCCGCAGCAAAGCAGUGGGGAGGACACGGAUAGUGAGGAGGCGCUGCUGCAAUGUGCACGUCGUUCCAAACGCAUGAAGAAAUCUGAGACGAAGGCGAAGACCGAAAUGAAGUCGGAUUCGGAAGCCACAAGGGAUGUAAUUGCCAUGCGGCCCCAUCCCUGGAUUCGAGUGAAUGCUUCGCUCAAUCGUCGCGUCCUCGAUCGUUGGAUGGGUGCCCUGCUUAGCGAGUGCAUAACAAGGAAUGGCUGCACUGUGCACAGCUUAUUCCUUCGCUUUCCCCAUCUACUGCCUGUCGACACAAUGCUACUGCUGGAGCUGCUCUGCGAUUUGGGCUGCCUUCGGCUCGUCGAACUGGACCCGCCGACGGUGCACCUGGAGAGCUCCUACGACGAUGACUUGCAAGAGCGCCCUGCUACGAUCCUCUACGAUCCCAAGUACACCUACGUGAAGGUCCAGACAGACGCCAUUGGACAGCUGACCAACUUUAUAGGGAUCAAGAAGUACACCUCGGAGUUCAUUUAAAACAUAACUAACUGUUAGUCCCUAACAACCCUUAAAAAGGGAUUCAACUUUAAGUUACGUUUACGAGUUGAAUAGAAGAUGAAAGAAUGGACAAUUAAAAGAGCAAGAAAAGUAAAAAAAAAUAUAAAAUUUACAUAUCCAUUGCAUAUAUAAAUGUGAAAGCUGAAAGCCUCAGUAGCUAGUGCUUAAUUUGAAGCAUGUUUUCAUUUUAUGUUAACUCUAACGUUUGAUAAAGGAAUAAAAUAUGUAAUACAUAUGUUUCGUAUCAACCAAAUUUUGAUUUUUUCUAUUUAUAUUUACUUUGAGGUCCGAAUUAAAGAAAUUAUAUUUGAGCGCCGUCUUUCUAUGGAAGCUAAAUAAUAUUGCAAAAAGUUUAUUUGAACCAAAAAAAACAA